CCUCUUCAGCCCAUGAGUAGAACAGUACUGCUCUUCAGUUUUCAGUCUUCAGUCUGUGUGCUGCUGUCUGCCCUUUUCCUUCAGUCAUUCCCUCUCUCGAGCGGGAAAAAUAAAAAAAUAAUAAUAAUGCUAUACACGCACAAACCCAAAGAAAAAAGAAAGCAGGAGAGUAAACAAUAUAGAUUAAACGACCAUGGCUGCUGCGUUUGAUGGCUUCUCCAUCCGAGAAUAUGCAGCGAAGAUGCGAACCGUGGACGUUCUGAAAUGUUAUCCCUUCACGGUUGCGGACAUCCACGACGACGAAGAUACGAAGAAGAAGAAGGAAGCAGAAGCGGCGGCGUUGCUUCCUCCGAUGACUGUGACCAAGUUCAAGUGGUGGUCCCACGAGCUCCACCGCUUGAAAAGAUCCAACACAAACCAAGAGGUACUAACCCUUGUGAACAAAGAAAGCUCAGAUAUUCCGAGAAACGACAUCGAGUUCACUGCCGUCGAACGAAGACUUGACAAGGUUGUUGCUGCUGAUGGUGAUGGUGAUGGUGAUGCUGAGAGUGAGGAGACCCAAAAAUCGUCUGACGACGACUUGUCGUCUUCGGUUUGUCCGGUUUGUAAAGAUUUUGCCGGGGCUACCGUGAACGGUGUGAACGCCCAUAUCGAUGGCUGUCUUGUAUCGAGGGAGGAGCGGAGGAGGCAGAUGAGGAAGGCGAAAUCGAAAGCUCCCAAGAAGAGAUCGAUUGCUGAGAUAUUCGCCGUGGCGCCGCAGAUCCAAACGCAUGAAGAAGGAGGUCUUUGUGGAAUAGAUAAAGUUAAUGGAGAUGAUAAUUGUAAGGUGUUGGGUGAGAGUGGCAGUGUUUUAAAGGCAACAAAGAAGGUAAAGAAAAGGAAGAAGGAGAAAAGGGUUUUGUUAUUGGAGGAGAACAACAACGACAACAAGAAAUUCAAGAAGAAGAAGAUUAAGAAGAUGAAGAAUGAGGGGUUAAUUGCAAACAAGGAGCAUUCUUGCAAACUUAAAUUGCAAAGUUCAGUUAAUUUUGCCAAAAAGCUGAAUAAGAGGUGUGCGGUGGAUGUUUGGGAUUCCAUAACUGUUCGUGCAAGGACACCAAAUCUCAAAUGUUUAUCUGCAAAGAAGCGAAAAGUUGCUCAAAUAUCGAAGUCGUUUCCUAAGCAUAAAAAACCGGUGUUUGCCGUUCACAGCAUUCUCAAGAAUCAUGAUGCUUGUGGGCAGAACUCCACUUAUUGCGGCAUGCAAAGUGAUAGUCAAUCAAAUCCUUGUGGUAUUCAACAUUCAGAAAGGCAUGUCAGGUUUUCUGGAACGGAUCACAUACUUAGUCCAAGGAAUAAUGGAGUGUCUUCCCUUGAGAAUAAUUCAGAUUCCUUUGCUAGUCCAUCUGAGAAGGAUGAGUAUGCUGACAGUAAUAAAGAAGCAACCCCCGUGGAGGUAGAUAGAAGAGAAAAUGAUGUUUCAAUUGGCACAGAUAUUGGAACCGAGUCUUGCAGUAUAAUCGGAAGGAAGGAAUUGCCUCUAAUUCCCGAUCAUGUUAAUAUUCCUAGUUUUCUGAGGCCACAUAUGACUCAUCAAGAAAAAGUAAAGCAUUUGCCUGAUAAAUCUGUGCCUUCAAGUAGUUUUGCGACUGAAGAUAAUAAUUUAGGUAUGUUUGAGCAAGGCUACCCUACCCCCACACUUAGACCUGCAUAUUCUGGCAUUCCAAGACCGAUUUGUUCUCUAGAAGAACCCUGCCUAAGUACUCAAGGAGCUACUGUUUCCAGAGAUUUUGAGCCCAGUGGAAUGAUUGAUUGUGUCAUACAUCCUAUGCACGGAGUUUCUGCAGUGAGUUCAAAGGAAAAUACUGGAGCAUUUCUUGUCUCUUCUUCAUCUAGUUUCAGUUUCAAUGAGAAUGCAAAGGGGAGGUUUCCGUUCCUGUCACAAUCUGAAAUAGAUAAAUUCAGCGGAUCGUGGUCUGUACUCCCAAUCAGUAUGUCCACCUGUGAACUUGAUGGGUGGCUCAUAUCCCUUUCCGGAGUGGAAACAAAGAGCGGUUACAUAUAGGGAAAGGUGUGCAGAUGAGGAUUUUGUUGGUUUGCCUCUCAAUUCACAUGGUGAGCUAAUCCAGUUGAGGAAGACGAAUGCUAUACCAGGGUUUUCCAGUGGCUUACCAAUACAGAAUUUUACCCACUUAACGAGUAUGAGUAGCUUACCAACGCAGAAUUUUACCUGUGUACCAAGUACGGGAGAUUGUUCGACUGCAUACAACAAGCAUUUUUUGGAAAGAGAACUUCCAAAUGACCGGUUGAACUUCUUUCCUAUGGAGAAUUAUGUUAAAGAGAAUCCUAGGUCACAUAUUCGAGAUUUGUUUGGUGCUACUUACUUGCAAAAUACUCAAAGAGGCAGAUAUACAUCAGCUUGAUUUUGAGAGCGGAAGCAGCCACUCUUUUCGCCCGCUUGUUUCAGACCGAAACCUGAUGAAUGUCUCUAUCAGUGGACGCAGACAAUUUGACCAGGUACAGAACCAAAAGAUACGUGGAAUGAUCUCUACGGAAAAUUCAGGCCACACACCAUUGAACGUGAAUCAACCAACGAUGCGGUUAAUGGGAAAAGAUGUGGCAAUUGGUAAAAGUAGCAAAGAGAUUCAAGGGUUUGAGGAUGGAAAAGUGUGGAUGGAUAAGGAAAUUAUAGCAGAGCAUCAUCCUUCAAGUACUGCCUUGGAUACUUUGUCGUUGAACAGGAAUUUCCAGCAGAACUGGUUUCCAUGCACAGCAUCGGGAAAGUUGAAAGAACCUGCCGCACAGUCAUUUGAAAUUCACAGAGAACAUGCCCCACAACAAAAUUUAAUGAUGAAAGCUCCAGAGUCUAGAUUUCCCCACCCUUACCGCAACUGGCAAAGCAAUUCCAUGUUUGAAAAUGGCAGCCUUACCGCCGACAGAUGUCCAAGUUCUAAUUUGAUCCGUUUUGCUCAGUUGCCUGCUUCGCCUGCAAUGUUUAAUGGGCCACCUAACUUCCGGGAGCAAUUCAUAUCUGGAGCUGAAUCUCUACAAUCCCUACAGUUUGGCUCUCAACUACCAGUAUUAUCUGCUUCUCUGAAUACUUGUGGGCAUGGGGUUUUAGGACCUGCUGAACUGAAUUACAAUCAGGAUCCACCUCAUUUUGUGAAAUCAUCAAUCGGCUUGCCUAUCCUGAAUCCCGAAUGUAGAGAAAAGAAUGUGGAGUCAUCGUGGUUUGAGAGCUCCUCUAAGGGCAUGCCCCCUUGGUUGUUACAUGCAACACUGCAAGUCCCAAAUGCAGCUUCUCAAUCUUUUCCAAAUGUGGAUAGCAGACACCAUCAGCAUAUUGGGCCGACAGCUAAUUUUUUUAGCACAUAUCAUCCUUCGGAAAUUUCUUAUCCUUGCAAUUUCAUGACCUCUCAUUUACAAGUGAGGGAGAAUGCACAUACUCCGGCGACUACUGGUAUUCCUCCUCUUGCUCGAGCUAUUCAAGAAGUAAAUCCAAAACCAACCUCUGCCACCAACAUGGAUAGAAACAGAAUCAAGAUCAAAGAUCCCUAUCCCUUCAAGAAAACCAAGAGACCAGCCGUGAAAGCUGUAGAUUCAACAAAGGCUCCCGACAUGGUGCACUUAGAAACGCAGGAAAAGUUGAGUACUGCCACAGGAUCGUCAAGAAGGAACAUUUUCGAUGAAAUGCAGUCUAAUUUGAGAGCACUUGACCUCGACUCAAGUUGGAAGAAAGAAAGCGAUUUGGGUUGCAGCCAACAUUAUUUUCAAAAGGCUAGAUUUGAACCCUUUGGAGUCGAGUCUUCCAAAAUGGACAGCGUUAUGAGAAGUACAGGCCCCAGUUAAACUUAGUGCAGGAGCAAAACACAUCAUAAAACCCACUCCAAAUGUGGAUCAGGAUAACUCCAGGUCAAUCCAUUCAACAAUUCCCUUUGUUGCGGUAACUAAUGGUUUCAGAGAACCACAACCUCAGAAGAAAGCAACAAAGAUUUACAGGUUCACCGUUUAGGUCAGGAUACAGGAAUGUUCAUGUAUGAAUGCCAAAAGCAGCAUAGUUCAUAGGAUUUCCGGUCGCUCCGCUUGCAGUAACACUAGCCAAAUUAACUGUUGGAAACUUUGUAUUUUCACAUCUGUUUCUUAAGCCAUGUUACUCUUCACAUGGGAUCUGUAAAAUAUGACCGUGUAAUAGUAGAUUAUAUGCUUUUUCCUACAAUUUAAUUUAGUUCUUUGCAGACUACAUCCUUCUGUAUCUGAAAUUCUACUGGGUGAUUCCUGUUU